AGGUUUCCUCUUCUUCUCCUCUGAAUCCUUCAAUUCUCGAUUCUUGCUUCCUCAAUUUCUCGAUCUUCCUUCGGCGAUCUGUUAAUCAAAGGAGUUCUUGGCCAAAGCCCAUACAUCUUAAUGGAGGGAAAUAUUAACUGGAAGCCUAAUGGACAAGGUGGAGACUCCGCUGCGAAUAAUGCUAUUGAUUGGAGAUCACAACAUGAGCCUGAAUUACGGAAAAAGGUUCUUUCAAAAAUAGUUGAAAAGUUGAAGCAAUAUUGUCCUACGCAUGAAGAAUAUAAGAUUAUAGACAUUGCUUCCAAAUUUGAGGAGAAGUUUUAUAGCAUAGCCAGCGAUAAGCAUGAUUACAUUCGAAAACUCAGUGAAAAGCUGCAAUAUAUAGAUAAAACUUACAAUGGGAAAUUCGGUUCUUCUGUCAACAGAACCAAUACUCGAGCUUCAGCAGCUCAAGUAGUUAUGAAUCAAGCGCAAUCACUUCCCGCCUCGUUGCCAUAUACGCAGACUCCAACAAGCCAACAAUGGUUACCGCAAAACACACAGAGCAAUCUCAACAUUCCGGGGUCUUCUGGUUUGCCAAGUCAGGCCCCUAUAACCGUUUCAGGCGCUCAAAACGUGAAUAUUCACGUUGGUGAAGGAGUUCAGAUAAAUAUUCUUCCCGGUUCUCAAAGAACGAUGCAGGGAAGGCAACAGCUUCCUCCUCAGCAGCAACAGCAUCAAAUGAAUCAAAUCUGCCAUGAGAAUUUACGACCUUCGCACAUGCAGCAACAAGUUCAGCCACCGCAACAGCAGCAUCAUCCGCAAAGUCUGUUAAAACAACCUGUUCAGCAGUCCUUCCCUCAAUCUAGUUUACCAUCAUCAAGCCAACAAACUCCUAUGCAACAAAACUCUCAAUCACUGCCAAGACAUCAGUUUCCGACACAGCGGGUCAGUUCUAGUCAUCAACAACAGAUGGUUCUGCCGUCCCAGGAACAGAAACGGCAAGAACAAGAGCAACUCAUUAGUCAACUGAUGAAUGUUCAGCAGAAUCAUCCAACAUCACGACAAAACAACGGAGCGCAACAAGGAGCUUUUCGGGUAUCAUCGUCUCAACAGAACAAUAACCUCCAAAAUAUGCACCCGCAACGCCUUAAUAAUGCUUCAGCCUUGCCCUUACAACAGCAGCAAAAUAUGCCUAGAGGUCAACAAGUUGGACAAUCUCAACCAAUGAUGUCACAACAAUACCGAGCGCAACAUCCCGUGCAGCAGCUGCCUCAGAAUAGAAGCUCACAGCAACAUUUUGAUUCUGUACAGAACAAUACCAAUCGGUUUCAAGAAGGAAGUUCGUUGCGCCAAACCCAAAACUUAACAGACCAACAGAAUCAGCAACAUCAAUUACAGAGAGCACCUCUGGCAAAUCCAUCUACAUCUCAAGAGUCUACAGGAAAGACGGUAAAUGCCAAUGCCGGGGACUGGCAGGAGGAUACUUAUCAGAAGAUAAAACACCUGAAAGAGAUGUAUUUACCUGUUCUGAGUCUAAUGCUCCAAAGAGUUAAGGACAAAUUGCAGCGGAUUGAAUCUCUUCCGCCAGAGAAGCUGCAAUAUCAGUCGAUUGAUAAGCUAAAGGGGGCCAAAUUGUCAAUCGAACAAAUGAUAGUUUUCUUACAUGUUCAUAGGAUCAAUAUAUCAGAGAAGCACAGAGACAAGUUUAGUGCAUUUGAGAACCACAUAUUGAAGUUGACCAAGAAUCAGAGCCACAUAAUUCCGAGGCCAACGCAGCAGCAACAAGGGCAUUUUCCUCCUUCUCACAACCACCAAACAGCAUUGCAAUCCCAAAGUUCUCAAGUCCAUGUGUCGCAGUCUCUUGAUAAUGAUCAAAUGACCUCGCGGUUGAUGCCAAGUAGCCAAAAUGGGGCCUCGUCUUCGAUAAUGCCUCAUUCGUUGCAGACAAGGCCUAAGCUGGAACCAAGAGAUGAGAACAACAUUAUGGCUUCCUCAGGAAAUGUCAUGUUACCUUCUGUUAAACAGAAUCCGCAGGCCGUUCACUCAAAUAUCAGUUCGGUUCAGUCGUUGCAGCAACAGAAGCAAUUCCAUCAUCGCCAAAUGCAACAACAAAAUCAGUUACAACAACCACAACAAGCGAAUCAGCAGCAUCAAAUACCGACAUCACAACAGACAAAUGAGAUGAAUGAUGUGAGGAUGAGGCAAAGGGUCAACAUUAAAGCCGGGUUGCUUCAGCAACAAGUCUCAACGAGUCAGCUCCAGGCUCCAAAGCCACAGUCUAACGUUUCAUCCCCUCAGAUACAGCAUCAAUCUUCUCCUCAGUUAGUUGACCAGCAGAUGCUUCCUACGACGGUUAGCAAAACCAAAACCCCAUUGAUGUCUGGUGGCUCGCCUUUUGUUGCUCCAUCUCCGAUUCCUGGGGAUCCUGAAAGACCUAUAUCCGUUGAGUCUCCAGUUUCUGGUGUUGAAAUAAAAUCAACCUUAGAUUCUUCUUGUAAAGUUGGCACAGAGGAGCCUCCUCUGUUAUCUGUUCCUCCCGAGCCAAUCACAGAGCGGCCUAUUGAUCGACUGAUAAAAGCGUUUCAAGCAGCAUCACCAAAAUCCUUGGCGGAAUCUGUAAGUGAGAUUAGCGCGGUCAUCAGUAUGGUUGACAGGUUUGCAGGAUCAUUCCAUUCCGAUGGAGGAUCACGAGCUGGUUUAGGCGAAGAUUUGAGUGAGAGGACAAGAAACUUAACGACACACGAAGAAACAAAUCCGUCUAAGAGAAUGAAGCGCUCAAUCAGCACUGUGCCGCGAGUUAUGUCAGCACAAAUAGAUAGUUAUGAACAGUUCAGUAGCCUUGAAUCUGAAGUCGAUUCCACAGCGUCAUCAGGCUCGAAAGUUAACAAUAUUGCGCAUGGUUGUGCCCUUUUGCAAGAAAUCAAAGAAACAAACGGGAGACUUGUAGAGACAGUGGUAGAGAUAUGCGAUGAAGAUGCUUCAGGAACAAUCGUCACGUGUACUUAUGCUCCAGUGGCUCUCAGUGCCACAUUCAAAGAUCAUUACAAGUCAGGAAAAAUCUCACAGAUUCAACCUUUACGCUUACUAGUUCCUAUGGAUUAUCCAUAUAGUUCCCCGAUUAUUCUCGAGGAUUUUCCUUUUGACACAAGUGUACACAAGUAUGAGGAUCUAUCGGCGAGAACCAGAUCAAGGUUCAGUUUGUCCAUGAGGGAACUUUCAGAACCAGGGUCUGUCAAAGAAAUAGCUAAAACGUGGAAUGAUUGUGCGAGAGCGACAAUGGUUGAGUACGCAGAGCGAUAUGGUGGAGGCACUUUCAGCUCCAAGUACGGUGCUUGGGAAACUGUUCUAAGAGCUUCAUGAACACUUAUUUUCUCACUCGCUCGCUCACUGUUCUGGAGACUUUGCAUAGACCUUGUAGCCCAAGUUAGGUUUUCUUACUUCCCUUGUGAUAGAAGUAACAUUUAUAUGUAUGAUUUUUGGUUAGUGCUGCAUUAUGUUUCCAAGUGAGAGGGGCUCAUGUUUUAUUCUUGUACAUAUUUUAAAUAGACAUUAUUCUAAGUUGUUUCGAAACCGAUAGUAUAAUAAAAUAUCUUGAAAUUU